CCCGUCGCCAUGGGACUGCGAGGAUCUAAACCACCAGAAGCCAGAGUUCUCCUUCUGGGCCUGGACAACGCUGGAAAAUCGACUCUUCUUUACAAACUGAAGCACAACGCGUGCGUAUGCACGGUUCCCACCAUUGGCUUCAACGUGGAAAUGCUCGAAGUGAGAAAGAACAGGAAGAACAUCGCCUUAACUUUGUGGGAUGUUGGUGGUCAGGGAAAGAUGCGCGAGCACUGGAAGAGUUUCCACCAGGACACAGCAGCGGUCGUGUUUGUCGUGGACAGCUCGGACAGGAGGCGUCUGGGGGAGGCGCGGAGGGAGCUAGACAACACACUGAGGAGCGAGCAGCUGCGGGGCCGGCCGCUGAUUCUUCUCGCCAACAAACAGGACGUGAACGGCGCUCUGAAUGUCACUGAAAUCAAGGACAUGUUUAACCUGACAAAAAUUUGCUCAGGUCGGGAUUGGUUCGUACAGCCUUGUUCCGCAUCGACGGGAGUUGGAGUUGAGGAGGCUUUCAAACGAGUGGUCCAAAUGGUCAAACUCCCAUCAGACUCUGGGGCGAUGAGAGACAAUAUCAAGGAAACGGUGCACUACCUCAAAGCUUCUCGCAAACAUUAG